UCGUGUGAUGUGUGCGUGAACGACAGGUCGUGCGGCGUGAGCUCGCGGAGCGGGAUGUAGAAGCGGUGCUGAGUGCUUUCAGUACGAUCGGCGCUUCAGUGAUCUCUCAUAAAAUGUUUCGGCACCACCAGCGUAUUGCUUAAUUUCGAUUUGUGUUUUAAAAUCGAAAAUGGAGAGAUCAGAUCACAUUCCCGCAGUCGCCAAAGACAUUCCUGCCAUGGAUUUUCAAUAUCCAGAUAGCAGGGAAAAGGCAGCAAAGGAACGCAGUGGCGGGGAGAGCGAGCCGGAGCGCGGCAACUGGACAGGUCGCUUCGACUUCCUACUGUCGCUGUUGGGCUACAGCGUUGGCUUGGGCAACGUGUGGCGCUUCCCUUACCUCUGCUAUAACAAUGGAGGAGGUGCGUUCCUGAUUCCAUUCACGGUGAUGCUGAUCAUAGCUGGUUUACCACUGAUGUUUAUGGAACUGUCAUUCGGGCAGUAUGCAGCGCUUGGCCCCGUCGCCGUCUACAAUAGAUUCUGUCCUCUCUUCCGCGGCCUCGGUUACGGCAUGGUCAUAGUCUCCAGUAUAGUCAUGCUCUACUAUAACUUGAUCAUCGCUUGGACUAUAUAUUAUAUGGCUGUGUCGUUUGUAAGCAUUUUUUAUCAGCUGCCCUGGCAAAACUGUGACGCCGAAUGGAGCACAAAGUAUUGCUAUUCGUACGAAGAAGCGGAUGAAUGUGAGGCAAUGAAUGGAACGUAUUACUUAAGACAAUGUCUCAAUCAAAGCUAUGCCGCUCUACAAGACACAGCCGCACUUGCCGAUGUCGCACUCAGGAAGCCUCCCGCAGAAGAAUAUUUCACUAACAAAGUUUUAGGAUUAUCUUCGGGAAUUGAGGAAACAGGCCAAGUUCGCUGGAGCAUGGCUUUGUGUCUCUUCGCUGCUUGGCUAAUCGUAUUUCUCUGUCUUUUCAAGGGAGUCCAAUCAUCAGGGAAGGUCGUUUAUUUUACUGCUCUGUUUCCGUACGUGGUGCUCGUGAUUCUGUUUUUCCGUGGCGUGACCUUACCGGGAGCAUCUACUGGUAUUCUGUUUUAUUUGACACCAGAUUUUAGCCAAUUGGCUAAUGCACAGGUCUGGGGAGAUGCGGCGGUUCAAAUAUUCUUCGCCUUGAGCCCGGCCUGGGGAGGAUUGAUUACACUGUCAUCUUAUAACAAGUUUUCCAACAACUGUUAUAUAGACUCUUUGAUCGUGGCGGUAUCUAACAUAGCGACGUCGUUCUUCGCGGGUCUGGUCAUUUUCUCGGUGAUCGGUUUCUUGGCGCACGAACUGAACGUCGGAGUGGACCGCGUGGUUGAUCAGGGCGCUGGACUUGCCUUUAUAGUCUACCCGGAGGUGGUCACCAGGUUGCCUGUGUCGCCACUUUGGUCUAUUCUCUUCUUUGUGAUGCUACUGACCCUAGGUCUGGAUUCUCAGUUCGCGCUAAUGGAGACGGUGACAACAGCAAUACUUGAUCGUUUCCCGAACUUCCGACAGAGGAAGGGAUGGGUAGUGAUGAUUGUUGCUAUAUUUGGCUACUUUGGAGGUCUUAUUUUCACCACCAAUAGCGGAAUGUACUGGCUGCAGCUGAUGGACAAGUACGCGGCGAACUGGUCGGUGCUGAUCAUUGCUAUCGGAGAGUGCAUCCUCAUAGCGUGGAUCUACGGCGCGGAGAAGUUCUGCCGUGAUAUCCAGAGCAUGAUCGGCCGUCAGUCCAAGCUCUGGGUCAUCUUCUGGAGCGCUAUGUGGCGUAUCAUAACACCCGCUGCACUAGUGUUUAUAUUGGUGUUUAACUGGAUCGAAUACAAGCCAGCGUCUUACGGACAAUACGUUUACCCGAUGUGGGCGGACGCCGUUGGUUGGACGAUCGGAGUGCUGCCUGUGGUCGUGGUGGUGCUCAUGGCUGUUGACCAGAUCUGCAGUGGACCCGAUGAUCUCACAAUAAUGGAGAAAGCUCGCGUGCUGUCGCGUCCGACAGAGGAAUGGGGCCCGGCGGGCACGGGGUACGUGCUGAGCGCGCCGGCGACGUGCGCCAUGCGCGCCGAACCCGAGUUGUCGCCGCCCGUGCUCAUGCUGCACGGCCGGCCCGUGCUACGCGAGCGCGGAGCAUGA